AUAAAAAGUGUGUAUCUCAUCAUUUGAUUGAAUGGUAUAGGCUGCACAGGACACUAUUCUUAAGCGGCUGAAAUAAUAUGAACCAAAUAUACAAGUAUAAGUACCAGCUAUCUAAAAAUAUGGUAUUUUAAAUACCUAUACCGAGGGUAACUUAAAAUAUUAGAAUUUUAAUAAGUGUAAAUAACAAAAAAGGGGGGAGGAGUGAGCAAUGAGCAUGUUUGGUGAAUCGCCCUGUGUGUAGGUAUACCGAAUACUAUACGGUAUACAACCAGCGACAGAGAAUACUAAGAAUUAAAAAUUAACGUUUGCAGGGCAUCGCGUGAAACGAAACGUGAAACACAGUUUUAAAACUAUAUCGAAAUAUUGUUCUCUCGUUUGGAAUUUGCGCGAGAAAAAAAAUUCUCGUGCGAUAAAACAAACAACAAGCGGGCUGUAUGGUGUAUUAUAAUAAUAUUGCUAUGUGGCCAUAUAUUAUAUAUGUAGGUACCUCCUACUCGCGUAGAGAUGCGAAAGGUUUCGAAACGGUUGUCACGCCAAACGUCCGUGCAUCAUCGUCAUAAAAUAUGCAUAAUAUUACAAUAAUAUAAUAUCGCGAUAUUAUAAUUAUGCGCAAAGAAGCGCGCAGAUCCGCGGUAUCAUGAUAAAUAUGAAUUAUAAUAAAAAUAUGUGUAACGUACGAUAUAACAUAAUAUUAUAUACCUAUAUAAUAUUACGAUAUAUUAUAGUCACUUUCGACUUUCCUACACGAGAUUUUCCUUGGUCGCGUAGUGAAUAAAAUAAUGGCAACAAUAGGCGGCGCGGUAAACACGAUAAUAAUAAUAAUAAUAAUAAUAAUAAUAAUAUGAUGAUGAUGAUGAUGGUGGUGAUGAUGACGGAGACGAAAACGAAAAAGAAAAAACCCGAACGUCGGCGGAAAAAAAAUGUCGGGGAAAAAAAUGCGCACACAAACUAUGGACGACGAUGUGCCGCCGCCGCGCCGUCGACUGACUGUGCACGUUUGCAGUCUAUAACAGUCACAUUAUUAUUUAUAUAUUUAUAAGUCCGCCGCCGCCGGUCGCUGUGUAUUUUUGACUUGUAAUUAUCGCGGAAAUCGUGUGUAGAAAAACCUCUGCGUGUGGAUUCGGUGUGAACUAGUUAAGCAAAUGACCAUUUAACUUAUAUAUUAUUAUAUUUUUACAUUGUUUUUUAUUUUUUUUUUUACUCGCUCUCCUAUAUUUAUUUCGUUUUUCCCUCUAGUCGCGGUGGCUACCUAAACCUAUGUACCACAUAGCUUCUUCCUCCCACCGGGCCGCGUCCGCGAUAAUAAUAUUGUCCAUAGUCCCAUAUAGUUCAUUGUCGAAUUCGUUAUAGUCACCGUGUUUAUUUUUUCUUCUCUCCGAUUUUUUUUUCACCUCUCUCCGCCGCCGAGUCUUUCUCCCCUCCGCCGCCACAUCCCGCGGCUACCGACUACUCCCCUCCGUGGAGGGAAAAAUGACCGCGUGAAACGCCGAAUUUCCAGACGACGGUUCGACUACUCUAUAUAGGUAUACGCACCGUGCCUACUACUAAAAAUAAUAAUAAUGAUAAUAAUAAUAGCAGCAACGAUAUAAUAAUCACGACGACGGCCGUCUUGAGCGGGGGAUGACGAGGGGCAGCAGCCUCACCGGUGCGAGAGCGGCGGCCAAGAUCGAUUUUCACGUCACUGUCGUCGCCGCCACCGCCGCCGUCGCCGCAUAGUAUCGUUCCGUCGACCACCGGCCGCUAAAUCCGCGCGUAUAUUAUAAUACCGGCCACAUACCGUACAUUGUAAACCAGGUGUAUACCUCGAUCCGGACGCUUACCCGACUGCUCAUAACCCUGACCGCGGUAUACCAGGAUCGCACGACACCCGCGUCGCGGUCACGCCGCCGCCGCCGUUACACACGCGUCAUGUCGCCCGCCAUGGCGUUGCUGCUGCUGUCGUCCGCGUCGCUGUUGGCGUCCGUCGCCGCCACGUCGGCCGACGACUGCGUGCUGGACCUGGCCAUCGUCUGUCUGGACGACAAGUUGCUGGUGUACGUCAAUUGGCUGGAGAAGCGGGACAAGCUGAACGUGGUCGGUGACAUCGUGACGAUCGUCAAGAAGAAGGAGGCGGGCCUAGCCGAAGACAGGUCCAAGCUGCAGCCGCACAACAGCAAGCCGCACGUGCACCGGGUCAGCACGUCCCUGGGACCUGCCAUCGAUGAGUACUUCGACACGCACACCAUCCGGAUAUCACUGCCUUGGAUACUCGACGACGACAUCGAUCUGGAACUCGACCAGCAAGGCCGCGGCAAGAAGACCAAAUUGAAACACCUCAAGAAAAUGAUGUCGAUGCUGGGCGUGAUCAUGUGCGCCAAACUGUCGCUGAUGGGACCGCUGGCCAUGGUCAUGAUCGGUGUCAAGGCGCUCAAGGCUCUGCUGAUGGCCGUCGUGUCGCUGACCAUAUCCAAACUCAUGUUGCUCAAGAAGUUUAAGGGUGGAGGCGGAGGCGGAGGCGGCGGAGGCGGAUACGGCAGCGGAUCCGUGGUCCAGGCCGACUGGUCGUCGGACAAGGACGACCGGAACGCGCAUCUGCUCGCCUACGCUGGACAGUCGGCCGCCGCAUCGGGGACAGCUGUCAUGUCGCCGUCUUUGCAACAACCCCUCCAACAGAUGUACCCUUCGUAUGAACCUCACGGCUAUCACGGGGCUGCCUGAACGCCGUCACACCACGACCAUCACAAUCACCACCAACCCCCUACCACCAUCACUAUACCAGCACUACCCACACAUCACCGACAUUCCCCUCCGCCACUACUGCCGGUCACUGGAUAUGAAACAUAGCACUUCCGUGGUUAUCCACCCGGUAGUGUGAGGGUGGACGUCAUCCGAACGCGCGUGUCCGUCAAACUAGUCACCGCUAUUUACCCCUUCGACCUUCACAAACCAACCACCAUAGCCACCUCCGCCUGCCGACCGUAAUCGUUUAGCUGUAUAGCUUCAGGUAUACCAUUUGCCAUCACCGAAAUCUGUAUAAGUCGCGUUCAACGCGCCUCCCCCCCCCCCCCCACACACCCCUAAAUUAUUAUAAUAUCGUGGGACUUUUCUGCUGCAGGUAUAUUAGUUUUCCCUCAGUCUACCCGCGUGUUAUAAAUUAUUAUUUUUAAUGUUUUAUAUUAUAAAUGGGCAUUAUUAUUGUCCUUACACCACACCUAUUGAGAGGAUUUUUUUUUAUCGUACUGUACUAAUUUUCUCAGUCAAUUUCAGUGUUGCGUACAUUGUUUUUUGUAUCAUUUGAAUAGUACCUAGGGGUACUUAUGAGUUGUAACAAUAGAAAAGAAAAAAGUUUUAGAAUUUUUUAUGAAUGUCCUUUUUAGGUUUUGUUUAAAAAUGUUUUCUAAUGGCAACUCUUAUUUUUAGUUCAUGUUCCUAACAAUUCAAACUAGAAUAUAAUUUUUUUGAUAAAUUUGUAUCUACAAAUAUCUGAAGUAGUAUAUUAUUUAUAAUCAUAAAAAAUUUGGCUUAGAUGAUAAUAAUAGAUGAAUGGUUUGUUAGUGGAUACUUUACGAUAAUUUUCGGUUCCUGCUACAUAGGUCAUUAAUAAUAAUUGAAAUAUUUAUAACCUAUUAGUUAUUGGUUCAAUAUUUUAUUAAUUUUACU